AUGUUAUGUUUCCAGAUAAAAAUAGGCAUCGCAGCUGCCCAACAAACCGAGACUGGCUCAAUUGGAUGGUCAGUAUGCGGUGGAGCUGUGCCAAUGGCAAUUGAGCGAUUACGGCAGAAUGGUUUUGUGGAGAAUUUUGAUUUUGAAUACAUCGUCGACUACACGGAAUGCGACCUCGGUAGUGUCGUCCGUGCCGGCAUGGAAUUCAUCAAAACGCACAAAGUGGACGUGAUCAUCGGUCCCCCGUGUGCUCAGGCACUCCGCACAAUGUCUCUGCUCGCCUCGAUUUACCGGAUGCCGGUGCUCGGCUGGGGAUUCGUCAGCGACUCGGAUUUGUCGGAUGUGGAAAGGUUUCCGUAUCUGACGACGGUUCUACCAAAUUCACAGAUGCUCGGUUUCGCCGUCUCCAAACUGCUCGAGCAAUUCCAUUGGAAUCGUGUCGCCAUGCUCUACUAUAAGAGUAAUCUCAACUACUGUGCCGGUGUGAUGAAUGACGUGGAAUCCGCGUUGAAUGAUCCGAGUACGCCCACUAUAAAUAUAGUGUUGAAGGCGGAGAUGUAUCUGAAUGAUAAUGAGACGACGGAUUUAGUACUGCAAGCAGUGAAGAAGAGUGCCAGAGUAAUCCUCUGGUGUACACAAACCGCCAUCGAAAAACGUGACUACCUUCUCAAAAUGUCUGCGCAUGAAAUGAUAGAUAACGAGUACGUCCAUGUGAUGCUGUCAAUGCGUAACAUUGCAUUUGGAGUGCAGACAUCACUAGGGAAGAAUACGUUCAGUCAAUCCGGUCUAACACCUAUCUGGGAGUCAUUCUCUGAAAGCCCGGAUGGCUUGGAGGAUACUGUAAAGCAAGCCGCUACUAAGAUGCUAGUACUCGACGUGAACAGCGAGGUUGUCGAUAAAAGCUAUCUGCAAUACAUGCAGAAAAAUAUCAUAGGAGCCGUCAAAUCCCCGCCAAUGAACUGCACUACAGUAGCCUGCAUGAGUGUUAAUAAUACAAUUAUGGGCGCAUAUGCACGUCAUUUGUUCGACGUUGUUUAUCUCUAUGGCACUGCGCUGACUCAUACGAAUUCCACGGAUCCGGCGGUCUAUGAUGACGUGGAUGUGUUGGUACCACAAUUCGUCACGUCGUUUCAAGGCAUGACUGGUGAAGUGAUAAUCUCCACCAACCUAACCCGUAUGUCCAUUUUCCAACUGUACGGUCUCAACGUCCAGUACGACCAAGUCGCCCUCAUCAACUUCACAUUCAUCAACUCACGGAUGGUACCAAACGUCUCACUAUUCUACAAGGACGAGGCGCAGGCUGUCUGGCACUUUUUCGGCUACACUCGACCGUUAGACACCCCCAUUUGUGGAUUCCUCGGAAAAUCGUGUCCGGUGCCGUUCUGGGAGCAAUACCGUAUUCUGGUGGGCGUGGCUGUCCUGGUGAUAAUGCUAAUGUUCCUUAUCAUUUGCGUUGGUUGUGGGUGUAUGAUAAGCUCGAGACGCGCGGAGCAAGCCAGAAUAAAUUCCGAAUGGCAGAUUCCGUUUGCCAUGCUUCUGGAGCCGGAGGAGAAACGGAAGUGCCAUGGAACAAGUCGUCGAUCCCUGCAAUCUUCUAUUGCUACAGGAGCCACUACGACAAGUGACUUUUGUGAAAACUAUACAAUUAUGAUCUACGAGAAGGAUUUGGUGCUAACCGCCAAGUUUCAAUAUACGAAUUUAAGCAAGGCGGAUAUGGAGAGAUUUGUGAAGAUGAGAAAAUUGGAACAUGAGAAUUUGAAUAAGUUUAUCGGAUUAUCGAUUGAUAGCUCGAUGUACAUCUCAGUGACAAAACUUUGUUCGAGGGGAUCGUUGCAGGAUAUCUUGUCAAGGGGAAACUUCUCAAUGGACUUCUUUUUCAUGUUUUGUAUCAUCAGGGAUGUGGCCAAGGGCAUGGACUACCUUCACAAAAGUUUCCUGCGCCUUCAUGGAAACCUCCGUUCUGCAACGUGCCUUGUCAACGACAGUUGGCAAGUAAAACUAGCGGAAUUCGGUCUGGACAACCUCCUGGAAGAACAGACUGCGCCCAAAAAACGGUUGCUUUGGGUGGCUCCAGAAGUUCUAAGAGGAUCCCUGACGGUUAGUCAGAUGGAGCCAAAUGCGGAUGUCUACUCAUUUGCUAUCAUUGCUUCGGAGAUAUUAACAAAGAAGGAGGCAUGGGAUUUUUUGGAUCGCAAGGAGGAUUGUGAAGAAAUAGUCUACAUGGUGAAAAAAGGCGGCGCAUUUCCGAUCCGCCCUGAAAUUGUCACAGACUGCCCCGACGUGAAUCCUGCGCUUAUAGCAUUGGUAAAGGAUUGCUGGUCAGAGAGUCCUAAGGAUAGGCCAACAUCUGAAAAUAUCUGUCGACAGCUGAAAAAUAUGAUGUCGAAAAAGUCGAAAUCGAAUCUGAUGGAUCAUGUGUUCAAUAUGCUCGAGGAGUACACGUCGACGUUGGAGGUGGAAGUGGAGGAGAGGACGAAGGAAUUGACAUUGGAGAAGAAGAAGGCGGAUAUCCUGUUGAGUAGAAUGUUGCCAAAACAAGUAGCGGAACGUCUAAAAGCGGGUCAAACCGUCGAACCGGAAGGCUUCGACUCGGUGACCGUCUUCUUCUCGGAUGUCGUCAAAUUCACAAUUCUAGCAGCCAAGUGUUCCCCCUUUCAAGUUGUAAACUUGUUGAAUGACUUGUACAGUAACUUUGAUAAAAUCAUUGAGGAGCACGGUGUCUAUAAAGUUGAAUCGAUUGGUGAUGGUUAUCUGUGUGUCUCCGGAUUGCCCACAAGGAAUGGUUAUGCUCAUAUCAAACAAAUCGUGGACAUGUCACUUCGCUUCAUGGAUUACUGUAGGAACUUCAAAAUCUCCCAUCUGCCGAGGGAGCAAGUGGAGUUGAGGAUUGGUAUUAAUAGUGGCCCCUGCGUCGCGGGUGUCGUCGGUCUCUCAAUGCCCCGCUAUUGUCUAUUCGGUGACACUGUUAACACGGCGUCCCGAAUGGAAUCCAACGGAAAACCAUCCAUGAUCCACGCGUCCUCUGCAGCUCACUCGUUGCUCACCUCCCAUUAUCCCCAUCAAUACGAAACGAAUUCCCGUGGAGAUGUGAUAAUCAAGGGGAAAGGUGUCAUGGAGACAUUUUGGGUGCUCAACAAGAAAAACGAUAGUCUGAGUAGCAGGGAAACACCACCAAUACACGAGUUGGAGAGAGAAUCAGCAAUGAAUCAAAUAAAAGAGAUAAAGUUGGAGCCAAUACUCAAAAAAGAGAAGGAGAUCCGGUCGGUGAGCUCACACGGCUCACGUCCGGCGUCCAGCGUGUUCAAUCCACUCGACGAUCACAGGAAGUAUAAAAUGGAUACGCUUCAAGUCAUGUGUCCUGUCUAA